AUGAGGCGCAGACAAGCCUACUUGGUGCUUUCUGGCGUUGUCAGCGUCAUUGGUUGGCUUGGCCUAGCGGGUUGGUGGCCCGUCCAGGCUACAAAGGAGUGUCAAGGCCCGCGGUGCUUCCUCGACAGUUGGCUCAAGCUGCGGGUCGCUGUGAAGAUGCCACCGAACCGGGCCCCAAAGGCAGAGGGUUGGUGGUUGAGGAUUGAUUCAUAUCGCUAUCAGCUGUACCAUGGAGAUGUGGAUCAGGGCGCCAGCGGUUUGGCGUACAUGAGCAGCUUUGAGAAUGCGGUUCUGGCAGAAUACGUUUGGUUGGAUGCCAAGCAGGUUCCCAGGUCGAAGACCAUGACGAUGACCACUUUGCCGAAAUCUGUGGAAGGCCUCCGCACUUGGAAUUAUGAUGGCAGUUCUACAGAACAGGCCGAUGGUCAUAACUCAGAAAUUUAUUUGUAUCCCAAAGCUAUCUUCAAGGAUCCCUUCCGUGGGAGUCCUCACAUUUUGGUUCUGGCUGAAGCCUACAAUGCAUGGGACGGGCAGCCGGCCACCGGAAAUACGCGCGCAGAAUGUGCCAAGAUCAUGGAGAAGUACGCUGAUAUGGAUCCUUGGUUUGGCAUCGAGCAGGAAUACACACUGAUGAGGCCAGGGAAGGUUGGUGAAGAGCCAACGGUGCCUCUGGGUUUCAAUGGUGAUGGCUCGGAACCCGCACCGCAAGGGCCCUACUACACCGGCGCAGGUUUCAAUCUUCAGCUGAAGGAGCUGGCUCAUGCUCUGCAAUGGCCAGAAGCUGUCAGCCUUCUCCAAGAUGAGGCCUGGCGAGAGAGUCUACAGCUCUACGAGGAGAUGAGAUGUUGCUCCAUUCAGCCCAACACGAUCACGUGCAGCACGUUCAUUGACUCCAGCUUCCGAUGGCGCGGAUGGGCUGGAUACUUGUGCCUCUUGCAGGAGAUGCAACUGAUGCGAGUGAAUGCGGAUCUACAAUUUUUGAAUGCGAGCAUGGUUGCGUGUAGCCGCGCUAGUGCCUGGCAGUUGGCCCUGGCUCUUCGAAGUGGGAUGAUCCUCGGGGGUCGCUUCGAUGUGGAUUCUUUCACCAUCAGUGCUGCCAUCUCGGCAUGUUCACAGGGCAUCCAGUGGCCCCUGGCCCUGGCACAGCUCCAAGGGUCGCCGAACAGCGCUGUGCUGCUCACAGCGCUGAGCGCGGCAUGCGCCGCGGCGGCGGUGUGGCCGAGGGCCCUGGAGCUGGCGAAAGAGGCGCUGGUGAAGGCGAAAGAAGAUGCGGAUGGAAGAGGUAUGGCUGUAGCCUGUGGUGCGGCCUUAAAGGCCUGUGAACGCGGAGCGCAGUGGCAGCUGGCUGCCGCUAUCUUCCAGUGCAGUCUAUCCAUUGGACUGGACACCGCCAGCUGCGGAGCGGCAGUCACUGCCUGCGAAAAGGCGCAAGAGUGGCAAGUGGCCAUUGCAAUGCUCCAGCAAUCUAUCGACCUGAAGCUGGAAUGCAACAGCAUCCUUUGCGGCAGCGUCAUCAGCUCCUGUGAAAACAGCUUCAACUGGCCGAUGGCGCUACACUUACUACACUGGAAGGAGCUGGGUGAUCGAUCCGGCGCUGGCAUCAUGCCACAUGCUGCGGCUAUCAGCUGCUGUAGUAAGGGCAGUGCAUGGGAAGUGGCCCUGAAUCUCUUGGCAGACCUUUCUUGGCGCCAUCCAGGUGACGUGUGUCACGCUGCAGCCCUUGAAGCCUGUGCUGCGGGGCGGGCAUGGCGCCAUGCAGAAGCUUUGCUGCAACGCAUUGGGCCAGCUUCGCCCAUCAGAUCUGUCGCUACGGAUCUCGCCGGAGUGGCUAUGGAACGCUGUCAGGUCCCUUCACCUCGUCCAUUUGCGCCGCUGGGUUUGCUGGAGAUGCUGGGAGACCUCCAGCCGGGGCGACGGCGACUGCCCUCACCAUAUCUUCCGCCCAUGGCCCUCACCAGCUUCGAGCAUGCCGCACGGCGCCUGAUGCACUCCGGGAUCCAAGGGAUCUUCGUGGCACACGCGCGGCACUGCCUGCGGACAAAGAACGGCCGUUUUGAAAACAGUUUUAAUGUGGCAAUUGGUCGCCCUGUGGCGGAUGAUCACUACAAGCUCUGUUUGAAGGCUGGUGUGAAGAUCGCCGGGAUCAAUGCCGAAGUGAUGCCGGGGCAGUGGGAGUUCCAGGUGGGUCCAUGUCGUGGCGUGGAGAUGGGAGACCACCUCACCAUUGCACGUUACAUCAUGUUGCGUGUCACCGAGCAGCACAACUGCGUUUGUUCCUUUUCGCCCAAGCCCAUGGAGGGAGAUUGGAACGGCGCAGGUUGCCACACCAACUUUUCGGUGAAAUCCAUGCGUGAGGACGGAGGCUACGAUGUAAUUCUCAAAGUCUGUGAGGCCUUUGGCAAGGUUGCCGCAGAGCACAUCGCAGAGUAUGGCGAAGGCAACGAGAAGCGUCUCACAGGGAAACACGAAACCUGCGCCAUCACGGAUUUCAAGUUUGGCGUGGCCAAUCGCGGUGCAUCCAUCCGGAUCCCGCGCGACACUGAGAAGAGUGGCAAAGGCUACAUGGAAGAUCGCCGGUCGGCCGCCAAUUGCGACCCUUACAAGGUGACUGCGCGAAUGAUGAAGACCACAGGGGAGUGUUGCUUGGACACGUUGUUGUUGCUGGACGAUCCAGGCCGGCUGUGCCCGGGAUCUCUUGAGCUGCUGCUCCAAGCCACCUUGCUCUUCAUGAUGUUGGGAAAUCUGGGCAUUGCCUUUAGCGAUGUGGUUGUGGACGGGCUGGUGGUGGAGAAGGCUCGAGACAAUCCCAACUUGAUGGGUGGCUUGCAGUCUUUCAGUUGGGCAUGCAGAGGUUUUGGUGCCAUCUUGUCCGCGUAUUUCAGUGGAGCCUUGCUGGAAAUGAUUGGCGUGCAAAAUGUCUUCGCCCUCACCGCAAUUUUACCCUUCUUUGUCAUCAUUGCCUCGGUACUAAUUGAAGAGUCCAAACAAGAAACCGUGAAGUAUUCCUGGGAUGAGGCGAAAGAGACGAUGGGACAGGUGUGGGAGGUAGUCCGCUCCCCUGCUGUCUUCCCGUCGGUGGCCUUUAUUCUGGCUUGGCAGGCAACUCCCACAGCAGGAUCAGCGAUGUUCUACUUCUACACCAACGAGUUGCAUUUUGCGCCCGAAUUCCUGGGUCGAUCACAGCUGGUUGGCUCGUUGGCCAGUCUGGCGGGUAUCGUGCUCUACAAUCGUGUUUUUGCCACGGUUCCACUGAAGGACUAUCUCUUCCGUGUGCAAGGUAUUGCUGUGCUGUUGGGAUUUCUUCCUUUGUUGCUGGUGACACGUACAAAUCUCGCUUUGAACAUUCCUGAUCAAGCUUUUGUCUUGGGUGAUGAUGUGAUCCAAACAGUGGCAGGGGAAUUGGCGCACAUGCCCAUCCUGGUGCUUGCAGCUCAGCUCUGCCCUCCUGGUAUUGAGGCGACACUCUUCGCGCUCUUGAUGUCCCUACUGAAUCUGGCCUCAUUUGUGUCCUCCAAUUUGGGCGCCUUUAUCACACAUUUGCUGGAGGUUAAUGAAUCCGACUUUCAUAACUUGUCCUUGCUGAUUUUCCUGUGCAAUGUCAGUGGAUUGCUUCCUUUGGUACUGCUGCCAAUGCUGCGCGACUCAAAGCAACGUGCACCUCAAGCUUGA